AUGGAUCCAAGAAUGUGCAGAAAAAUCAGUAGCAGUGAAAGUCUUCCAGAUGUUGACAAUGAGGAAUUUGAAGUAUCGAAUAUCAUCGCACCGCAAGAAAGCGAGGAUAAUUUUCUUUUGGAGGGCAGCCCAGAACCACAAACCGUGACCUGGCUUGACGACGAUCAAAUUGAUGAUCUUAAUUUAGACCAAACUAACCUAUUUUUUCACAGAGUUGAUAGUGCUGAUAUAAUUUAUAGAAGCAAGAAAAAAAAGUGUAAAUUGGUAGGCAAAUAUGUAAUGGGUGAUAUAUUAGGGGAAGGUUCCUAUGGAAAAGUUAAAGAAAUGUUAGAUUCGGAGACUUUGUGUAGGCGUGCUGUUAAGAUAUUAAAAAAACGAAAGUUGCGGAGGAUCCCCAAUGGUGAACAAAAUGUUCAAAGAGAGAUUCAAUUGUUGCAAAUACUUAGGCAUAAAAAUGUGAUAGAACUAGUUGAUGUAAUGUACAAUGAUGAAAAGCAGAAGAUGUAUCUAGUUAUGGAGUUUUGUGUUGGUGUUCUUCAAGAUAUGUUAGAAUCAAGUCCUGGAAAAAAGUUUCCUCAGCAUCAAGCACAUGAAUAUUUUACUCAGCUCCUUGAUGGCUUAGAAUAUUUACAUGGUCAAGGUGUGGUGCAUAAGGACAUUAAGCCAGGAAAUCUGCUUUUGACACUGGACCAAACAUUAAAGAUAACUGAUUUUGGAGUCGCUGAGGCUUUGGAUAUGUUCUCACCACAAGACACAUGCUAUACAGGACAAGGUUCUCCAGCCUUUCAACCUCCAGAAAUUGCAAAUGGUGCCGAGACCUUUUCAGGCACCAAAGUAGAUAUAUGGAGUAGUGGUGUCACAUUAUACAACAUGACAACAGGACGGUACCCGUUCGAGGGCGACAACGUGUAUCGGUUGCUGGAGGCCAUCGGGAGGGCCGAGCCGGUGCCUCCGCCCGCGUGCGUCGGGAGCUCCCUCUCCGCCCUCUUGGUGCACAUGCUCAAGAGGGACCCGGACCUGAGGCCCACCGUGCAGCAGAUCAGGCGGCACGACUGGGUGCGGUCGAUCCCUCCCCUCGGGCCGGGCGAGAGGAUCGCAUUACGUGUCCGCGCAGGAGUACUUCACCGAGAGAGAUCUGAAACACGAGUUGGGCGGCGGCGGGCAAAGGGGCGCUGGCACUCGUCGUGCGGCCGCCUGCCCUCGUGUCGCCUCACGUGA